AUGAGUCUCAGCUACCUCUGUUUUAGCUCGUGCUGGAGGAAUUUUACCUCCCCGAUGACCCAUUGGAAUAGAGGAACUGCUGUCCAGAUUGACACCAUGAAAGACCAUCCUGAAAUGCCGGUUGUCAUUGGUGAGCUUGGAACAGAUAUGGUGGUGUUAACAAUGGCUGCCAGAAUUACACAGUCCAUUUUCACACUGGCCAGAAAUCUCUUGCAUAGAAGACCGUUGGGUUGGAAGAUUCCUGGAGAUUGGAAGAGCAAAAUUUUUGAAGCUGUGCUGUGGAUGUGCUGGAAUAUCAUAGCUGUGGAAAUGACCAAUGUAUUGGUUUACAAGAACAUGAAUAAGCAUUCAACACAUACAGGACAGUCCAAUGAACACCAGCUCUGUAAAGUGUCACUGGGGCUGUAAAGCAGAGUUAAAUAAACAGAGUGUGGUUCCAGAAAAGGAGCUGCCAAGUCCCAAAAUGGAGACUCUUCAGGAAAAUACUUACAUGGAAGAGGAGUGUGAGCACAAAGUGUUUUCUGACAUGGACGUCAUGGUUAGCAAAGAGACACUUCUAACAUCCUGUACAAACCCCUUCAUUUUGUCAAUGAUCUGUGUACCAUCAGAGGAUGGGGAGUCCUCAUCCCCAUCUGAACAGUCUGAUCUUAGUGAGUUUGAAUCUGAUGGCGAAUCCAAUGGUGAUUGCUUGCUGCCAUCUGAAGAGACCAGCCUCAGCGAGUCCGAGUGUGAAGAUGAAGAGACUGAAAAAGAUUCUUCCCUUGAAGAUUCCUCAGUGGACAGUGGCAUGCAGGAGUCAUGGACUCCGAAGUCCAAGGAAGAUAUGGACGAAAGUGGAGAUGAAAGUGACUGGUCAGAUGAAGAGAAUGAUUCAUGGGAUUCAGAAAGUGAUGAGGACUGCAGUAGGGAUGAUGACUUGUGGGCUUCAUUUUGUCAGAAUGAUGACCCAUAUAAUCCACUUUCUUUUGCCAUGCCCACCAGAAGCCCUAAAAGUUGUCCCUCCAUUGAAGAGCAUGGGGGAUCUCAAACUUUGAAUUGUACUAUGAAGCCACAGGCCAAAAAGCCAGUUCUUUCAAGUUCUGAAUGCUCUUCCAAGUGUGCCAGCCAGAAGGACGAGUCUGAAUGCUUUGAAGAAAUAAAGAAACCUGCAAACCCGGGAGUUAAGAAGGUGUGUUUCUCUUCCAAUGUCACUGUUCACCGUAUGGUUACAUGGAGCUACGCUUACAGAAUGUCUCGCAAAGGACCAUGGGAAGAGUAUGCUCGUGAUCGCAGUCGCUUCCAGAAACGAAUUGCCGAGACUGAGGCUGUUAUUGGCUUCUGCCUACAACCUGGUCACAGGGAGAAGAUCUGGACUGCAAGACACUUUGAAUAA